AUGGCCCCGCACACGCAGACGGGCAGCAUUACGAUAAAGCAACCGUUUCCAGCGCACAAUCACCACCACCAGUGGCCAUGGAAUAGUGGAACCGGUGGCGGAGGCAGUGCUGGCGGUGGAACAACGUCAGGGGGCACCACCCCGAACGGCGUCGGAAUGGCUGGCGGUCAAGGAGAAACUCUAACGGAGCAGGAAUCCAGGAGCAGUUCCGGAGCAGCCGGAGAAGGAGGAGCAGCGCAGUCAGCUGCGGUGCCGGGAGUCAGUAGCAGCAGCAACGGCACCACUGCCGUGAGUCCCUCGAACAAGCUGAAGCGACAGCAAGCGGCGACAGGAGCGAGCGGCAAGUCGGUGGCUUCCCAGCAGACAACACUGCUGGCGACGACUACAACAGCGGCGGCGGCGGCGGCGGCGGCGGCGGGCAGCUCGUCGCCACCAACAACACCAGCCCCAACCACAAACGGUGUUCAGACGGACGGAACUGGCAAAAGCAAUAGUAGUAGCAGCAACAGUAGUAGCAAUCAUCACAAUAGCAAUAGCAGCAGCAGAAAUGGUGCCGCCGGUCAAGAAGGAUGUGCUGGCAACAGUACCGUCGGUGCGAAACGAUCGCGUCCCAAUGAACCGCCCCGGAUCGCCUGUAAGUCGGUCGGAACAAACACGGCGACCCGGAACGGCACCGGAGGCGGCCCUCCCGCAUUGGUUGCCGUCGGCAGCAAACCCGCCACCGGGUCCCCCGUUUCGGCUGUCACCAAUCAAAACAAUGGCGGAAGCGGCUCGCAGAACAAACUGACACAGCAGCUGGCCAUCGUGAGUGCGGCGGCUCCGGUAGUGUCAACCGCCGCCGCUGCAGCCGCCGAGCUGGCGGCUGCCAAAACGAAUGGCAACAAAAUUACGGGCUACUUCAAGUCACAGAUGAAGUCGACGAACGCGUUCAACACGCUCAAGCGCAGCAUCAAAACGGUCGCCGGUCGGGCAAUUACGAUCAGCAGCACCGAGCUGCUGACGACGACCACCACCACCACGACGACGGCGGAGCUGCGCACCGGGACCGGGACCACCGUCCUGCAGCAGAAAAGCAUCAUCAAGACCUCGGCCUCGUCUUCGUCCGCCAGUCCACCACCUACUGGUGGCAACAACAGUAACAACCACUCCAACAACACUACCACACCACCACCGGUGGCGGCUCCAUUUAGUGGGCCCAACCUAGACAAGUAUCUCAAGCUGUUCCAUCAACAGCAGCAGCAGCAGCAGCAGUUGUUGGUGAAGAAUUCUGCGACGGCGGCGGCUGGUAGCACCAGCACCACCACAACCGCGACCCUUGAGGCGGUGGCCGUGGCUACGCUGGCCGCCGCCGCAGCAGCCGCUACAUCGCAAGGAGCGGCAGCCGUCGCUGCAGCGUCGAAGAAGGUCGAACGCAAAACGGCCCGCAUUGCCCCGACCGUGUCGGCGACCCGCAAGAUAUGCCAUCAGGGCGGCCUCGGUGUUGGUGGGGCAGGUGGGGUGGCCGGCGGGGCGGCCGGUCAAUCGAAGAAGCCGGUUACCAUUGCGCCGCGUACGACGGCGGCGAACACUGGCGCCGAUGGGCCAAAGACGGCUCCCGUGAGCGGCUUGGCCACGGGCACGUCGUCCUCUUCGUUGCAACAGCAAACUGCCCAGCACACGUCGAAGGUAGCGGUGGAUCCGCUGUCGACUGCCAAGAUGCAACCAUCGUCAUCGCAGCAGCAGCCGCCACCAUCGACUGUACUUCUCACUGCCAUUCGGUUGCCAACGGCAACGCCGCCGGGUGGAGCCGCAGCCAAUACCACCGGAAGUCCCGUGGCAGCAGCGGCGCCCAACGUGACACCGCAGUAUAAACCGAUCGCUCCACAGCCGCCCGGGAACUCGAUGAUGUCAUCGUCGGGGGCCGUCACGAAAGGAGUGAACCCCGCAACGGCCGCCGUCUUUCAGUUUCAGCCGUCGCCUGCGUCGAUGACGACGGCGGUGGGACCUCCGCCGCCCAUCCCAGUGAGCGCGGCUGGCACGAUGGUCGCGCCGCUCCCGAACUUGGUACAGAUCUCCAAUUUGCUGCCGCUGGCAGCGGCCCAACAGCAGCAACAGCAGCAGGCGCUGAAACUGAGCACUACCAACGGUGGUGGUGGCCCUACAAUCACGUCAUCGGUGGCGGCCGCUUUUGCCGCCUCGGCAAAUGCAGCCGCCGCGGCCAACAUGCUAGUCAGUGCGAACGGAAUGGCGGCGGCGGCGGCCGCUGCUCGGGCCAACUCGACCGCGAUGGCCGGUCCUGGGGCGGGCCAGAACACUACCCCGCAGCUCAUCAUGAACGCCACCAUCAUCAAGAUCCACCAGAUACAGCAGCAACAGCAGCAAGCUGCGGCAGCCGCCGCAGCCGCCCAGGCACAACACCAAGUGAUGGCGGCCGCCUCUUCGUUGGCGCAUGGCGGACAUCAGCAGCAAAGCUUCACGAUGGAGGCGGCGGCCAUGAACAUGAACUUUAGUGGGAUGUUCGCGAAACCGACCACCACGGUCGUGCCGUACUCGGCGGCUGCAGCCUGUCCGGUCACGACGGCCGUCACGAAGGCCAUCGGCGUGGGCCACCCGUCGGCGGCCGCCAUGCAGUCGGCCGCAGCGGCCCUCUACUCACCGCAGGCAUUCGCGGCUGCCCCCCAGCAGCUGCUGAUGACACCGACCGGAGGCAUCUUCGUGAACACGGCCGCCAUCCCGACGAUGUUUACCUCGGCGCAGCUGUCGGCGGCUCUGACGCAGGCGACGGCCACCGCCACCAUUCCGGCACUGCACCCACUGCAGCCGACAGGCGGCGGAGGGGGGGCCGGAGGAGGCCACCAUCAGACGGCGAGCGGCAAUGCACAGUUACCAAAUAAUAUUACAGCUAUCAUCCAACAGAAUGUGGCCGCGGCCGCUGCCAUUCAGCAGCAGCAACACUCACUGUUGGCCAACAUUUCCCCGGCGAUGCUCAACAGCCUGCAGUCCCAGGUAGCGGCCGUCUCUGCCGGGGCAACGACGGCGGCGGCGGGUAAACUGGGCGUCGUCCAAACACUCGCAGGCAGUGCCCCGGCAGCCACCGCGCAGUUCGUACCGAUCUCGUCGGCCCUGUAUGCCGCCGCCGCAGCAGCCCAAGGGGCCACCAUUCAACCGUCGACGAUCCUAUCGUCCGGUCUCGGGACCAUCCCGUCCAGUGUUCAGGCCGCGGUGUCCUCUGCACCGCUGCAUCAUCAUCAGCAACAGCAGCAGCACCACCACCACACCAUCGUAACGAGCGUUCCGACGGUGCCCGGCCCGGGCGCCCUUUCUCCGCCGCCGCUCGUCGCCACCGUGCCCACGUUUUCGACUACCAGCAAGCCGAUCAUGAACGCGCUGAUGAACGGAGGCCAGCCGGGCUCGGGACUCGGGAAGAUGGCACAAGCGACGACGACGGCGGCGGCGGCGACGACGGCCACCAUGUUGCUUCCGAACGAACCACCGGGGCUGGUGCCGGUGCAGCCGCUACCCCAACAGCACAGCAAGCCGCUCACGGUGGCGAAGAUCGGGGGGGCCGGUGGAGUCACUGCCAAUAGCAACACCACCACCGUGAUGCCAAAGCUGGUCCGGAGCACGUCGCUUACGAUGCGAUCGGGCUUAGGCGGGACGACCCAGAAGACGGGCCGCAGUAACGGCUCCACGCAAACGACUCCGGUGGCACCGGCAUCCGGUUUGCUGCUGGGGGUUUCCGGGGUUCCGACGAUGUCGGACACACAGCACACCGGCAGCAGCAAGUCGCCACCGGCGCUCAACCCACUGACACUCGACUGUGGCAGCAGCAACGACAGCGGCAUCGUGGCCAAUUCGAGCGACAGCGAGGACAAGUCGCUCACGAUCGACCUGUGCUCGCCGGGGUCGCCAGACUCCGGGUCACCGCCUUCGGUGGUGGCCAAAAAGACGCACCACCACCAUCAUCAUCACCAUCACCACCACCGACACCACCACCGGAUGCACGGUCUCAAGGACGAUGAUUCGGAGCUGGCCGCCGGUUCUCAGUCGUCGUCGUCCCCGCUAUCAUCGUCGUCGGACGACUCGGAGGAUCAGCUUGGCGAACGGGCACCGAUCGGGACAUCGGCCAGCGUCGCACCGGCGGUCGUGCCCGUGUCUCCCUUCCCGCCGCCUCUCCGGCUGCUGUCCGACGUGGCGGUGGCUGCGGCCGAAGCCGAAGCCGCGUUCCACCAGCGGCUGCUACCACCGGUUGCUGCGGUGGUUGCGCUCCCAACGACGGCGACGACCGUUUUGUCGUUGGCCACCACCAACACCACCACCACCACGGUUGCCACUUGCCAAAAGUCGCCCAAGAGCACCGUGCUGGAGCUGAUCCGACGGAAGCAUCCGCCGCUGACGCUGAUGGACGUCGAUCAGCCGGGGCAACCGUUGUCCGUUGCGUCGUCGGCGACCAGCGACCUGCAGGAGGAGUACGGCUCGUCCCAGAGUCCGUCGGAUGGCGAUGGGCAGCAGGAUGCCAGUUCCUCCUCGCAGCAGCAACCGGGAGCAUCGUUCGCGGCGGCCCCCAGUAUCGCCACGGAUCUGUUGUCCCCGCUCGCACCGGAAGCGACGUGCGCCCGGAGUCCGAUCCUGUCGCAGCCGAAAACGAUCCGCUUCCCGGUGCCGUCCGGGACCGCACCGCACCAUCAUUUCGGGCGCAAGGGCUUCCGGCGGUCGGGUGACGGGCGGCUGUAUGGGGCCUGUUACUGGCGCGACUGUGACAGCAAGUUCGACAGCGCGUCCCAGCUGGUGGAUCACCUGGCGGCGGCCCACAUCAACACGCAGACUGGCCCGACGUACGCCUGCCUGUGGGACGGCUGCAAGGUACACAACAAGGAGUGCACCAAGUUCAACUGGCUCGAGCAGCACGUCCGGUCGCACGGCUGCACCAAGCUGCACAAGUGCAUCGUCGAGGGCUGCGGGAUGCGCUUCGCCACUCGUACAACGUUCGUGAAACACGUUCACGGGCACUUUGCCGGUGCGGACAGCAACGGUUCGGGCAAACGGUCCUCCACUGAUCCGCCGGUACCGAAGGUGCUGAGGAAGACGGGCAAAAAGCUACGCUACCGUCGCCAACCGUGGUCAGCCCGCCGCUUUGAUUUCUUCGACUCGGGCGUCAUGGAGGGUUUACAGCAUCGGCUGGUGCGUACAGGGAGCCUCGCCAGCGGCCAGCACGGUGCGAUCGUGUUCCGGGGCAGCCAGGUAGCACGCCGGCAGGCGAAGGACAAGGCGCCGGAAGUUUUGAUACGAUGGUACCCCGCUGAGAUCCUUCCCGACCAGUGGCUCCCGGAGGAGAACGUGCAGCUGGAGAAACAGGUUCACAUUCACGAGCUAACCCACGAGCAGCAGAACGAUCUGCUCGAUUACCUGAAGCACGAUCGGCUGAGUGUGCAAGCUGGCACCGGGCCGAGCAAUCCGUUUGCGGCCCUGCACGAGUUCAGCCUGAAUGGCGGCAGUGGCAGCGGCAGUGGAAGCAAUUCGAACCUCAGCAGUAGCAGCAGCAGCUGGAGCAGCAUCAGUUCGUCCACCAGCAUGCACCUCUCGUCGAGUAGCGCCCUCUUCCGGUUCACGCCGAAGCAGCAGCGUAAACCCCAGCGGCAGCUGUCUUCGGUGUCGGCCGACGGAUCAUCCUCAGCCUCGUACUCGAAUCAGGGAUCGAAACCCGGUGAUGGCGGUGCUUCCUCCUCCGAGACGUCCACGGGUUUCUCGUCCAUAUUCUCCAACUCACUCACUGCCCUCUCGUCCGGAUCGCGAUCGUUCAGCGCGGUGUCGGCCGCGGGCCUUCUGAGCAGUAACAGCAGCAGCAGUAGCACCGCCACCACCACCACAACAUGCCGUGGAGCGAUGAUGCUAUCAUCGUCGUCCUCCUCGUCAUCGUCAUCCUUCUGCUCGUCCGCAUCAGCAGUGCAGCGAUCAGCGUGUCCGAAACCUGCCACGAUCGGCAGCUUCUCUUCACCUCGAUCAACAGCGUCGUCGUCUACCGUGUCGCAACCAGCAGCGUCGUCCAGUGUGGGCACCAGCGCUUCCUCCUGA